AGACAGUCGCCGAGUACGUGUACACGCGCAUCACAGUCAGUAUUAACUUGAAUGCGAUACGGUGUGAACGUGAACGUGACUUGAUCGCAUCGACGCAUCGAACGAUCAGUGCGAUAAGUGACUGACUAAAAAACAAAAAAAAAACAACAACAAAGAUAAAACAAAACAAAAUUUCUGUACGAAACUUGAAGCGGGUAAAUUGAACUUGGUGUUUAGUUGAAAUUCUACUUGGAAAGUCAAAAACAAAAACAACAAAAAGGCUCUGCUUAAGGGGCAUCAUUAGCAAAGAAAAAAUGUUUCACCAUACACAGACGUCGUCAGCUAUCAAGUGGUUCUAUCUAAUAACGCUGAUGCUGCUAUUUUGCUGGAGCAAUUUGAUCGAAUGCAAAAGGCAACAAGCGCACGCCAACGAUGCCGAACACGAGCAGCGAAGUUUAGAAGAUGAUGACGGUGGUGGGGGUGCCGGCAAUCAGGGCCAACGUAAAAAGCAUCGUCAGCAUGAUAGUAAACUUUCAUUGUGGAUCAAUGAACAGCAGCUGAAUAUGCUAAGUGCACUUUUCUUUCCACAAGGAUUCGGUUCGCACGGGCGCAUCUAUGCCAUUGAAAAUGGGCAUGUCUUCAAUUUACCUGAGAUCAAUAUCUAUAAAUUCUUGAUUAUACCCGCUGAAGUUAGUCAUGUGAAUUUUACAUGGAAAUCGGGCAAUAGAAAAUAUUUUUAUCACUUCGAUCGUUUGAUCUCGCUAGAUCACAAUAUUUUGAAGGAUCCCAAGCUUUCCAUAUCUAGGAAAGGACGCGUACCGGCUGAAGAGAAAGAUUUCAGUAUAUUCAUGCCAUGCGUACACAAUAAUUCCGGAACGGCUAUGUUCACAAUCGGUUUGUCGAUAAAGAAUCGUCGAGAGAAGCCGUUGCCUGGCACACCGAUACGUUUGAAUUUCAAAAAGGAAUGCGCACACAGAGGUAACGCUUCCAUCUCUACACUAACAUCUUCGCAAGGUCCCGACCCGGAUUGCGAUUUGAAAUGUGGCGAUAAUGGUUUUUGUAACCACAAUAAAGUUUGCCGUUGCAAAGCCGGCUAUACGGGUCAAUAUUGUGAGACGGCAAUUUGUUUUCCAUUAUGUUUAAAUGGCGGUAAUUGCACAGCGCCGUCGGUUUGCACCUGCCCCGACGGCUAUCAGGGCACACAAUGUGAAGGCGGUAUCUGCUCCGAAAAGUGCUUGAAUGGCGGCAAAUGCAUACAGAAGGAUAAGUGUCAAUGUUCAAAGGGUUACUAUGGCAUGCAUUGCGAAUUUUCUAAAUGUGUGAUUCCUUGUAAGAAUGGCGGUCGUUGCAUAGGCACCAAUAUUUGUCGCUGUCCCAGCGGUUUGUUGGGCAACCAUUGUGAAAUUGAGCGCAUACAACGCUCAACCUGUAGGCGUCCUUGCAAACACGGUGUCUGUACGUCGAAGAAAACAUGUAAAUGUGAUCGCGGCUUCUAUGGUCGGCAUUGUAAUGCAAGAAUUAAAAAACAUCGCAAAAUUCAUAGAUAGGCAUAUUUUGAAUUUGGACAGAUCUCUCCGCUUUUAUCUUAACUACUUCUACUUCGGUUUUAAUGGAAAUAAUACAUUUGUAAAAAGUUUGUCGUUUAUUUUCAAUAG